GGCGGCCGGCUCGCCGAGCGCGGUGGGCGGCCUGCUGACAGCCCCGGCCGCCGGCAGCGGAGCCCUGGGCGGUGGCGGCGGGGCGGCGGCGGGACACGGCGAGGUUUCGCUAAAUGGUACACAGUUUACAGACAGUUCUGUUGGAUCAGAGUUCACAGGUGUUUCUCAGACACCAUUUACCUUUGGCUUGGGCCAAAGGGCACCAUAUACGACUGGCGAGCAUUGUCUUCUUUGUAGAAGUGAACGAAAAGAUAGUUCGCUUUCAGAGAGCGGAAUAAAAAAUUCUAGCAAAACAGCACUUUCCACAUCUCCAAAAGCAAACAAUAUGCUGCAUCUUCCACUGUGGGUGUGUCCAGACUGUAGGCGAACAGUCGAAAAGGAGGAAAGGCAUGCUACAAUAGAGCAAUCUCUUGUGAGCCAAGACUUCCUUUUGCACAUGCCUCUUGGAAACAGUGGAUCACAGCAGGAAUCUGUAGGAGGAGGAAGGAUAACUGUUGGUGCGCAGACGGUGCCUGCUGCCGAUCUUAACAAUUCUUCUCCUUCAGACAUAGCAUGCAACUGUGAGGCCUGUAAUGAGCGCAGAGAAAUUUCAGCAGAGACUGAACGUGAAUCUCAGCAGCUUCAAAAUUACUGGUCGGAAGUAAGAUACAUGGUUCGAUGUAUAUAUCGCCAAGCUGGGACCCCUUUGGCAGACGACCAAGACCAAUCUUUGGUACCAGAUAAAGAAGGAAUGAAAGAGCUGGUGGAUAGGCUUUGUGAAAGAGAUCCAUAUCAGCUUUACCAACGGUUGGAACAGCAAGCUAGAGAAUAUGUACUUGAAAUGAAGGUUCGUCUGCUCAGACACUUGUCACUGGGAUCCAAAGUUGCAUCAACAUUAGCAAUACAAGGGCCACCGCAGGCACAUCAGUUCAUCUCACUCCUACUUGAAGAAUACAGCGCGCUCUGUCAGGCAGCAUGCACAAUCAGCGCCUUCCUAGUUACUCUGGAAAAUGAACAUUUGAAGAAAUUUCAGGUGACAUGGGAAUUGCACAACAAGCAUCUGUUUGAAAAUCUGGUAUUUUCUGAGCCACUCCUGCAGAAUAGCUUGCCAACAUUAGUGUCACAGCUAAGGCUUGGAACAACACAUGAUUCCUGUAGUGAAGAUAUGUAUAGUACCUUGCUACAAAGGUAUCAUCAACUGGAACAGGAAAUGGGGCAAGUUGCUGAAGCAUGGCUUGAAUGCCAGAAAAGAAUAGAUGAUUAUGUUGAUGAACAGAUGGCAAUGAAAACAAAACAACGCAUGCUAAAGGAAGACUGGGAAUUUUUUAAACAGAGACGUUUUAUUGAAGAGCAGCUUAAUAACAAGAAAGCACUAGCUGGGGAGAACAACUUCACAGAUACAAUGAGGCACAUGCUGUCAUCACGUUUGAGCAUGCCUGACUGUCCCAACUGUAAUUAUAGAAGAAGAUGUACUUGUGAUGACUGCAGCCUUUCACACAUUUUGACGUGUGGCAUCAUGGAUUCUCCUAUAACGGAUGAUAUCCACAUUAACCAGUUACCACUGCAAAUUGAUUCUGCUCCGGAUUAUCUAUCUGAGAUCCGCCCACCUAGUAUGUCUUCAGCAAGUUCAGGAUCGGGUUCCAGCUCACCUAUAACAAUUCAGCAACAUCCAAGGCUGAUCCUCGCAGACAAUGGUUCUGCACCAACUUUUGGUAGUGAUGAUGAAGAUGUUGCACCAUUAUCAGCGAAGUUUGCUGAUAUCUACCCAUUGAAUAAUUACGAUGAUGCAGAAGUGGUAGCCAACAUGAAUGGAAUUCACAGUGAACUAAAUGGCGGAGAUGAAAACAUGGCAUUGAAAGAUGAGUCUCCUCAGGUGAGCAGUACUAGCAGCAGUUCCUCAGAAGCAGAUGAUGAAGAAGCAGAUGGGGAGAGUAGUGGUGAACCACCAGGGACUCAAAAGGAGGAAAUGUCUCUAGGAAAAAGGGCAUUAAGGAAAGAUGAAGCGAAAAUGGAUAGUCCACCACCUUCUUACCCCAGUCAACAGGCUGACCAAGGUCCAAAUGCUUGUGAAUGUCAUGUUUGCAAACAAGAAGCUUCAGGUCUAACAGCCUCUGCACUUGCAACUGGACGUCUGCCUGCUGGCCAUCAGUUUAUGAAUCCUGAAAAACCUGCACAUCCUGCACUUCAUCUUUAUCCUCAUAUUCAUGGACAUAUACCAUUGCAUACAAUUCCCCACCUUCCUCGUCCACUUAUCCAUCCCACCUUGUAUACAGCUUCCCCCUUUACACACAAUAAGGUAAGCCUGACAAGGGAGAUGUGUCCUGAUCCUAGGAAAUUACUGUAUGCUGGUUAUAGGUCGCUUUUUGAGCUGGGUUGUGGCCUUGCGAGUGCUGUUGGUACUUUUGCCUCCGACCUGCUUUUUGCGGGAGGUGUGAGUGUGCCUGGGGGUGGGGCGGUCUUUUUUCUUGUUGUUGUUAUGCUUGAUCUUUGGGCUGGAGCCAACGGGCUGAGGUUCAAGCAG